CUGUCUCAUUUCCUGCCCUUCAGAAUGGGCUCUGCGUGGGCCCCCUGGGUGACAGCUCUGCUAGUGAAUCUGAUCAGGCUAAAUUUCUCCAUGACYCAAGACAGAGACUCUCCAGAAGAUUUUGUGAUUCAGGCAAAGGCUGACUGUUACUUYACCAAUGGGACAGAGAAGGUGCAGUUUGUGGUCAGAUUCAUCUUCAACCUGGAGGAGUAUGCACGUUUUGACAGUGAUCUCGGAGUGUUUGUGGCAUUGACAGAGCUGGGGCUGCCUGAUGCUGAGCAGUGGAACAAUCGGCCUGAUAUACUGGAGAGGAGCAGGGCAUCUGUGGACAUGCUCUGUAGACACAACUACAAUUUGGGGGCCCCCUUCACUGUGGGGAGAAAAGUGCAACCAGAGGUGACAGUGUACCCAGAGAAGACCCCAUUCCUGCAUCAGCACAACCUGCUGCUCUGCUCYGUGACAGGCUUCUAUCCAGGGGACAUAAAGAUCAGGUGGUUCUGGAAUGRACAGGAGGAGAGAGCUGGYGUUAURUCCACUGGUCUUAUUAGRAACGGAGACUGGACCUUUCAGACYAKGGUGAURCUGGAAGUGASUCCUUCACCUGGAGAUGUUUACAGCUGCCUUGUUGAGCACCCCAGUCUGCCCAGCCCCGUUUCUGUGGAGUGGAGAGCUCAGCGUGAAUAUUCUUGGAAAAAGAUACUCAGUGGAGUUGGAGCCUUCCUAUUUGGGCUAACCUUCCUUCUGGUGGGGAUCAUCAUCCAUCUCAGGGCUCGCAAAGGAUCUGUGGAGACUCAGUCUGGUGAUAAGAUCUCAAGAGCUAUUCUACAGAAGCCAAACUCAGGUCCUAAUCAAAGCUUCUCUSCUGAAACCUGAAGUAGUGCUGUGGCUUAGGAAAGGACAUUGGARAGGUCACURUUCUGGGAAYGACUUUGUUCCAUGAUCCUUGGAAUCCUGUAUGGAUUUUGGAGUUUUGUGCUGUGAGAUCAUGCAUYCCCCACCCUCUGUCCUUCCUCUCAYUSUGUGCUUYAUUAGUUCCCAUUCCAAACACAUGGUCCAGAAACUUCCAGAAGACCUAACUCUUUCCAGUCCCCAAAUAUGCUUUUCUAGAGCCCAGC